CCUGUUAGGCGCAGUACUGAUGCGCAGUAACAGUUAGAAACCGCGGGGUGCCCACCGAUGCCGGCACUCAACAUUGUCCAAAACGUCGAAAUUGCUUGUGAUGGAAUAAAAAUAUUUAUUGACAAAUGCCCAGAGACGCGUGUCUCGAGUUAUAUUUUCAAGUUGAAAAAAGUAAUUAUUAUCAUUAGCACGAUAACAAUAGCGAGCCAGGUGAUUAGGGAAUAUUCGAGGUUACUUGAUGUGUUUGUUGUUUACUCUCCAUUAUUGUGAAAAUUUGGAAGCCAAAAUGUGGAAAGAAAUACAUUUGGGCCAGGAGGUGCUGAUGUUGUCGAGUGAAUUCAUCGACCACAGGUGGAAAAUAUUGUUGACCAACUUAAUUGAACUAUGGACUGAGGACGUCUCAAGAGAUGAGGUUGUUGAUAAAUGCCAGAGCCUGAAUCCUUUAUUGAGUAUAGAAGACGUCGAUAUCGAUGAGAUAAUCGCUGGGAUUCUGAACAACAUUCCUCAGUUAGCAGUUGAAAUAACGAAAACGAAAAUCAAAUUGGAGACAACUGUUGAAGGCGGGGUCUUUCGUUACGAGAUUGACCUUGUCAAAAGUACUCCUCAAGAAUUAUGGCAAGAGGUGACAAUGCCCUUGUGUCUGUCCGUUGGGGAGUUGAGGCGACAGAAGGAAAUGCUGGUUAGAGAAAUAAAAAGGAAGGAUGAGGAGAUAAUGGAAUACAGAGCCACUGGGGGUGAACUGAUCAGGAAACACAUUCAGACGAAACCUUUCGAUGAAGAUUCCAUCAAAGGAGAUAUUCCAGUAGAUACCCCCAAAUGUUGCCUAGACAUUUUUAAAUCUGUGAUAAAUACCACUGAAGUUUGCAGAGCGAAGGAUAAAUUGAUUAAGAAAGAGAAUUCAUCCUAUAACCACAGUCAGCCUGCUGUGAUCCCCAGUCAACCUCUAAACGAGGAGAAUUACCUAAAAAAUGACGACAGUAAAAGACGUAAAAUAGAGAUAGAAACUAAAACAAUCGUGGAGCCAGAAGUGGAAGUGCAAGAAAUGGCAAUAUCUGGCUUCCACUUCAUGGAUUGGCCGAGUGAUGUGAACGUGUCAACACCAUCAGCGAAACGAAGGAGGGGACGUUGCGCAUUCUGCCCUAGGAGUUGUGACCUUAAGACAACAGCUACCUGCAGCAAGUGCCCCUCGUUCGUCUGUUCCAACCACAAACGAGUCUUUUGUAUAAAAUGUGUAUCAGUCCCCUCCUCCACUAGAUAAUAAACUAAUGAAGAUUAUAGCCGGAAUUAUGAUGAGGAAUAGAGUAGUGCAAGAGCAGAUGGGAACAGAAUGAAGAAGACUUUCUGAAUGAAGACUCGUCGGACUUUAGCGACUUGAAAUUCAGCGAAGUAUUCGUCCUCCGGAAGUGCCGCUCGUCUCUGCUGCUCCAGCCAUGACCGUGGCGGAAGAUAGGGUGGACCCCCCACUGCGACUGGAAUACUCUGCAUCCCGAGAGGCUCUGGCCCUUCGUAAUUUUGUGGUGCAAGGGAGGAAUAUGGGGGUGGUUCGUCUCUGACAAGACCGAACGGCUUGACCUGCGCAAUCAGAAUUUCAGGAUUCGUCGGCAACAUUCUCUCGGCUAUUUUCUUUUUGUUGAACUGUGGGGAAUGAACAAAAUGGCCGAUGCACACCGGAAAUGUGGUCCAAGGUCAUUGAACGGAUCGCCUUCAAGGUUUUUCUUAUCACUCGGUUGGAGAGAGGAAUAUCGAUAGUGGAAAUUGAAACUUGCAGAACAUGACUUUGAGAAGACGGCGAUAUGCCAUUAAAAAUAAAAAUGAACAGGAUCUGUCUUGCCCCAGUAGUUUCCAAGACAAGUGAUAAUGAAAUUUUCCAAGGGAAACGUCGUAGGACCUUGAUAACUACUUGUUUUGAACAGGUGAUAUCAUAAAAAAUAUUGUGGAAGACCAGCGUAACAAAUAAAACCAAGAGUCCGAUGGGACAUCUGGACCCUCGUUUUUAUAAGAUGGUCAGGUCUUCCGGGGUCACGCUGUUUUAUGGCAAUGUAUGCAACCUUAGAAUUAAAUAAACUGGAAAAAUAUCGUUGAGGGUGUUCAGCAGAUAAGGUGAGGGCCACAAAUGUCAACAACUCGAGGUCGAUGAUAUGUUUUAUGGUUUAUUUAUUCGCUCUAAUCUCUUCAUUUUCGUAUUGAAGACGAACCAUAACGGAUUCUAUUGCGUUUCUACGUGAUUUCCCGUAAUUUCUACAAUAUUUUUUCGAAGUCAAUAAAUUUAUGUGUUUAUUUCAAUGAAAA